AUAAUUUUGAAUUAAUUUGAAACAAAAAAAAAAGGUGUCAGCAAUUUAGAUUCAAAACAAUGAGUUAAUAAAGUACCGAUGUGUUAAGAAAAAGCACACACGCGAAUCACAUAAACUAUGCUUGUUACAAAAUGAAUAAAUGAUAAGGAACAUUGUUUGAAUCAAGCUGGCAUCUAUGAUGCGGUGUGAGAGGUGUGAGAUGAGGUGAGAUGUAAGUUACAAACAAAACAAAAACAAACACUUCGUUCUUCAUCAUUGCCGUCAGUCCUUGAGGCCUUUGCCUUAAUUUUUCACUUUAUAAAGGUAAAAUGUAUCAGUAAGUGAGUCACUCUAACUAGAGUAACUUUAGAAAUAUGGGUAGAAAUAUUCUUGCCAGCAGCUUACAACAUGCGUCUUUUAGCAUCGUAUUCCAGAUACUGUGUAGAUGCAUUACGUUUGCUAUAAAUGCGUUCAUAGUUAGAAGCGUUGGGCGAGAAGUGCUUGGCAUCACAAACGUUCGGUUGCUUCUUUUGGAAAGCACCCUCCUGUUUCUGUCUAAAGAAGCGAUUACCCGUUCGGCUCUGAGCUCUCGCCAUAACAAGCACUGCACAUGGGCCCAGCUGAUAAACCAGCUUUGGAUCACGGUUCCUGCAUGCUUCAUCCUGGCGAUUCCCUGUCUUUACAUAUGGCUCAAUUGGCUUUCGACUGUGGACGAGCACUAUUAUGUGCAGUAUCGUUUCGGAUGUUUCGCAAUUGCCUUUGCUUGUGUUAUCGAACUUACAGCUGAAGCACCAAUUUUCGUGUCGCAAGUGUUUUGUUUCGUUAAAUUGAAGGUUGUGAUGGAUACAUCCCAUAUAUUCAUACGUUCCUUGGUGUUUAUCGUGAUUGUUCUGCUGAAUAAAAAUAUAACGAUAUACGCUUUCGGCGUAGCGCAAAUAAUAAGCGCCGUAACCAUCAUCGCUGGAAAUUAUGCCUUCUUCCAUAUGUACAUACCCCGUUUGAUGCACUAUCGGAGAGAAUUAAAACGAGUCGACGAUAAAUAUAAACUACGUGAAAUGUAUGGUGACUACUACGAAAAUAUGGACGACUUCCCGUUCAUGUCCAUAAAAGAAAUGUGUCCAGGGGUUCUACCGAAUCCGAAUUCCGCAUUUAAUCCCGAUCUUCAGAAGCUCGUCUUAAGCUUCACUAAACAAGGCGUCCUGAAGCAGGUGUUAACGGAAGGGGAGAAAUACGUUAUGUCCGUGAGCCCGGUUCUGACCUUUAGUGAGCAAGCAACGUAUGACGUUGUGAAUAAUAUGGGCAGUUUGGCUGCCCGAUUCAUCUUCCGACCGAUUGAGGACAGUAGUUAUUUCUAUUUCACUCAAACGAUUGCUCGUGACGCAACGCUGUUGAAUCAAAAGCGGGACGCCGUAAACGAGGCCUGUCAGGUGCUUUCGUACUUAUUCAGAGUAGUGACUUCCAUUGCACUGGUUGGGUUUGUGUUUGGACAGUUCUAUGCUGGAACUAUUUUGCUUCUAUACGGUGGGGCAGAUUUUGUUGAAGGAGGCUUACCGGAGAUCCUUCUGCGAUGGCACUGCCUGGCAAUCGUUCUGCUAGCGGUCAAUGGUAUUGCGGAAGGAUAUAUGUUCGCGACGAACACAUCUCAAGAAAUUGACACCUACAAUUACUACAUGGCGUUCUGCUCGGUUGCAUUCCUAAUGCUCUCGUACCAGUUGACGAAUUGGCUUGGCCCGGUUGGAUUUAUAUUGGCCAACUGUUGUAACAUGUCCUUCCGCAUUAGUUAUAGUUUAUUUUAUAUUCACAAACACUUCAAUGAGGUUAAUACCAAUCCACUGCAAGGCUUUCUUCCUAGACCAGUGUUCGUUACAGUUUUGUGUGUAUGUGGUAUUAUGUGCAAGAUUUCCGAGGCGUAUUUCAGCCCACACUCGAUAUUAUACCAUGUCCUUUUUGGGGCGCUUUGCACGUGUUUAACUUUACUGACAUGGUGCUUCGAAAAUCGGCAGCUUUUACAGACAGGAUUAGCAAAAUAUCGUGAGCGAAAGGUGAGUUUAACUGGUGAUACCAACUAAAGUUGUUUUUAUUGAAAAUCGAUCGAUGAUUCGUAUAUUGUUAUUUGUUUUCAAUUGUUUCGAUGGUCCUACAAAAGUGUUAUUAUUUCUAUCAGCACUCGAAGCUAAUAGUAGUAUAGACGAAGCGUAGACAAGCUAACAGGUUUAGUUUAAAACCCGUGUGGAUCUCCCAAUGAUUUUUGAAUAAAAAUGCACUUGUACAUUAUAUUUGUUGUAUGUGCAAAGCGA